AGAGAGAGCACGACCCACGCCGUUCCCUCUCUCGCUACCAAGUUUAUCGCCAGCGGAUAUUUCAGGACUCUAGGCACUGCAACGAACUACACGAUGCCACCGAAGAAAGGAAAGGGGGAGGAUGCCCCCAAGAAGGUAAUGCUCGGGCGGCCGGGCAACAACGUCAAGGUGGGCAUCGUCGGCGUGCCGAACGUGGGCAAGUCGUCGUUCUUCAACAUCCUCGGCAAGAUGCACGUGCCUGCGGAGAACUUCCCCUUCUGCACCAUCGACCCCAACGUGGCCAUCGUGCCGGUGCCGGACCAGAGGUUCAAGUGGCUCGUCAAGAAGUACAAGCCUGUCAGCGAGGUGCCCCCGAACAUGACCAUCACCGACAUCGCGGGGCUCGUGAAGGGCGCGGCGGAAGGCGCGGGGCUGGGAAACGCUUUCCUGUCUCACAUCAGGGCGGUGGACGCCAUCUUCAUGAUGCUGCGAGCGUUCGAGAACGCGGAUAUUACGCACGUGGAGGGGGACGUCAACCCCGUCCGUGACAUCGAGAUCAUCAACGAGGAGCUGCUUCUCAAGGACAUUGAGCUGCUGACCAACGCGGUGGAGAAAGAGCGAAAGAACGUCGAGCGCGGGGUGGGGGGGCGCGAGCGCAAGCAGGAGUGGGAGUCCCAGGUGAAGGUGCUGGACUGGCUCAACGAGCACAGACUUCCGGUGAGGUUCGGCACCUGGACGGCGCACGACGUGGAGGUGCUCAACAAGUUCCAGCUCUUGACCGCGAAGGAGGUGGUGUACCUGGUGAACCUCUCCAAGCGGGACUACCUGCGGAAGGCCAACAAGUGGCUGCCGAAGAUCCAGGCGAAGGUGGAGGAGCUGGGUGGGGGGCAGAUGAUCCCCUUCAGCGUGGAGUUCGAGCAGGAGUGGAUGGAUGAAGAACUCGCGGGCACGCUAGACGCCUACAAGGAGGCAAACCCCACGCACAAGACGGCCAUGAUGCGCAUCCUGAAGGCAGGCUACCACGCGCUUCACUUGAUCCACUACUUCACCUCGGGGGCGGAUGAGGUUCGAGGUUGGACGAUCAAGGACGGCUGGCUGGCGCCGCAAGCCGCGGGGGUGAUCCACACUGAUUUCGAGAAGGGGUUCAUCUGCGCGGAGGUGAUGACCUUCGAGGACCUGAAGGAGUUGGGGGACGAGGAGGCGGUAAAGAAGGCGGGGAAGCUCCGGCAACAGGGCAAGAAGUAUGUCGUCCAGGAUGCGGACGUCAUUUUCUUCAAGUUCAACAACUAGGAACUCUUCGAAGUCUUACAGCCGGGAGUACACCAUGACUACAAUAGGGCGGCCGGAUAGGUGGUAGGGGGGUGGGCAGCGUCAUCGCUCCGUAUCGGAACAAGUUCUGAAGCUGCAUAGCGGUAGCAGGCGUUUGCGGCAUGGUUGUGCUCUGAGAUCUCUGUAGCCGAGUGUAGGACGUGGAUGGCGAUGGAAAUUCGGCGCUCGUUAGCCGCGCAACGGUUACAGUUUGUUGCGGUUGACCUUCGUGGCUUCGGUGUUUGCUGGACUCUUCCCUGCUGCUCGUUGCCUUGCUGCCGUUGGUGGUGGUGGCGCUGCUGCUGCUGCUGCUGCUGCUGCUGCUGCUGCUGCUGGUGUGAUCUAAGCCCCCUGCUUGCCGGAAGAGGUAUCUGUCUCCAGGAACGGUUGGGAUAGAUCCACCAACCCCUUGGUUUUCGUGACGGCGUGUUUCGUAGCCUGCCCUGGCUAGGGCAGCUCCGCUUUGGCAGGUAUCGAGGUUACGCCAGUACUGCUGCUGCAGAGUUUCCGGGUACCAACUGCAGGCCGUACACCUACGGUUGUCGUUUCGAUGUUCCGCCUGUGCUCGGCGGGUGGACGGGCGGUUCGAGGUAAUCCUAAAUGUCCGACCCUACCCCUCCCCCCUUUAAAGGUCGUCCGUUUCCUUCUUUUUUUUUAAAGAUUUUGCCAUAUUCUAUGUCCCACCUGGAUCAAGCCUAGGUUUGAGAACGGGAGAGAAUCCAUCCAUCCACUGGCCCCCUGGUGUCUGUAAAAUUGCGCGAAUAGAAGCAAUGUUUUGUUGUAUGGGCUUUGACGGGGACGGAAAGCAAUAGGCGCGUUUCCAUCCACAGGUAGCGCUUGGAAACGCAGCCCAUGCUUGGCACGCGCCUGGAGGGGGAAGCGACCGUCACGUGCACAGGAGCAGCACUCACGCAUAAAACUUCCUGCAAAGUCUUGAGCCAUAGGGGACGACGGUCGCACUGAGUUGUUGGUUCUCUACAGCAGUAAAGCAGGAACGAAAGUGUUGCGUUAUUAAGUGUCUGCUUGAACCUGACUAUUGCAUCUCGUAGGGGGCAAGUUUUGCGUUUUCUGAAUCACAGAGGGUUGCGAUGGCAGGAGGGAUGUGCUGUAGCGCAUCGGUGUCGAUGUGAAUGGUAACGGUUCUUAAAAAUGGUUAUCUUUUCGGCUUGCGGAUUCACUUCCUUCGCGUGUGGAAGCGACUACGGUAAACGUGUGUGUACGUUGUCCCGUUUAUUGUUUCUUUCCUUUUUUUCGUGUUUGCCCGGGGUAGCUCCGACCUUGUCGGAGGCCCGCUCCCGCUGUGCUCCCCCCCGCCGUAAGAGAUUCUGGCUGACAGCAAAAGGCCGUGCGAGAACGGGGGGCGGAAACAAGAAAAAAGAACAAAAAAACGACGCAACAUCCAAGUCGAAUCUUGUCGGAUGAGACACUGGCAGGUCUUGCUUGGUUUGUGCAAAAGAAGGGAGCAGAAGAACCGACGCGAAUUCGUGUCGACCCUUGCUUUUGGAUGAGGCUCGCAGGUCUUUCGUGUACAUGCGAGGUCCUGAAAGGUUCCACGAUCUGUGGAUCGAGAAAUGAAGCGUGAAUUCCCAACUGUUGGUGCGAUGCCAGCUGGAGAGCUUGGUCCUUCUGACUUUGAAAACCGGCAAAUUCAUUCGCGAUCUCAGGCCGAACUCGCCAGCAUAUUCAGGUUGCUGCAGGCACCUGCCCCGCUCAGUCCCGGCUGUUGUCAGGCACUGAACUGGGCAAACCUGUGUGCCUACGCCACACAUAUGUACGCCUUGCAAUGCAUUCGGUGGUGAACGGUUGGCGACGGUCAAAACAGGACUUGAAUGAUGAUCUAGAUGCCAAGGGAACUUUGACUGCAGCGAGUAACAGGCAGUCACCGUGUAGUCAAAAGCUUGUUGGCCUUCGACAACAUUAAAUCAUCUCCCGUCGAUUCACGCUCGAACAAUCAAUCGAACGAAAACAUUCAUUUUUCGGAAGAAAAAUCAACGCCCCC